UUAUGUUCAGUUGUCUCUUAACCAGAAACAACGUACACUGAAAUUCCCCCGCGUCAAGCAGAAGCUGCUAAUCUCACACCACAUCCACUCUGGCAUGCUUGUCCCAGACCGGCUACCCCCACUGCUACGUUCAAUCCGUGCAGCUCUCUUUCCUAACAAUGCCCCGGGCGCCUCGAGUCUGGUCGCCCCCUCAUCCGAGCAGGAGUUGGUUGAACUGAAGCGUAGGUGCGCUAGCGCAAUAUGGGCGGCUGUGCCGAAGAGUGUGGGUAGACUAUAUUAUGGUUCGCUCUCUUUUUGGCAAAGCUCUAACGAAUCGUCGCCUAAUACACCCCAACAUGAGGACAACGCGAGCACUUCACGAUCUGGAUCGCUAAACCACAAGGGCAGCAAGUCCAGUUUGAAAAGCCAUAAUGUUUCUGAUGUGAGCCCAGCAUCAUGCGAAACUACGGCUACUCAGGCAAGCGGAGCUGAACGCAUCAACCAAACCCCCUCCUCGUCAACGUCCGAUGAGGAAGAGGAUAGAAUUUUAUCCGAGAUCGAAACAGGAAUACUCGACUUGUUUUCGGAUGCUUAUUGUAACAAACACCUCGUGUACGGGAUGCUAGAACUGAUACUUGUGCGUCUUAUGCCCGAACUGGCUGAUAAAGGCAUCAUUGAAUUAUGGGAGGAGAGACUCCAUUAGAUCCGAUCUUCGAGACAUGCAGUCAGCUCGCACAGACGCAUCAUGAAUGUCCGACGCAGGAAGGAGCCGCAUGUGACGGGGUCGGUGGGAACCCAAAAGACAUUAAGCGAUUGUGCUUGUAAUUAGAUUUUAUCGAUACCCAAUGCCCGUUAAGCUUGUAAAAGGU